UAUUCAUAUCAAUUGUUAGUGACUGUGUGUGUGUGUUAUAUAUUGGACAGACAUAUAGUUGAAUAGACAAUACUAUUAUCAUUAUUAUCCAUACAUCCGAUUAGUGGUUGUCUAGAAAAAAAGUACUGUUACUCGAUUGGAAACAACACAUACAUCACACACAUACCCGUCCCAUACGUCUGAACAUAUCUAUACAUACAAUGUCUGCUUGUUGUAGCUGUACUACUGGUUAUGAUAAAGACUGUAUAUAUAAAAUAAUAACCAAACAAAUCGAUGCAGAAGCCAGUGAAGAUGAUUUUGAAUACAAGUGUUGCAAUAGGUGUUAUAAUCAAAUAUAUGGCUUUACCUUAUUGGGUGCGGCCGUCAACGGUUAUGUCCGUACAGACAAAAAUCUGAAUCUAAGUUUACGGGAAAUUAAUACAUCAACUAAUUAUUAUACUUAUUAUUCAGCUAAUGAUUUAAUUGAAUGGAACAGUAAUAAGUGUCGUCGAUUUGAGAUAAUAGUUGAAUCAAUUACUAUCAAAAUGUCUGUCUCAACAUCCAUAGCACCAUCCAAUCAAUCGGUCAUUAUUAUGGAUUAUUGUAUAUCACCGAAAAAUACCAAAACAAUUGGCCAAUUAAAACAAGAGUUAGCCAAUAGAUACGGCUAUCGGAUGACUAAAUUGUAUUUGACUGAUAGUAGUAGUAGUCGUAGUAGACGUCAAUUAUUAGAUGAUAUGUCCAUUGAAAAUGCAUGGUUUUACCCAAAUAUUGCGAACAGUUUGAUUAAUGUCGUACCAAAUACUAUGUCCUGUUGUGACAAUUGUCUAAAGGAUGUUAACCGUCAGUAUUACUGUCGGAUUGAUAUCAAACAGAUCGACCCCAACAACAACAGCAACAGUAGCGGUGAUUCAGAUUUUAAAUACCUGUUUUGUCGACACACCGGUCCGGUCAGAGUUAAGGAUAUAUACUAUGUUUGUGUCGACGGAUAUAACGAAACAGAUAUUAGUCUAGAGAUACGCAACACUAAUCAGUCAAACGAUACGAAUCAAUGGUUAAAUUGUGAUCAGUUUAUUGAUUUUGCUGAUUAUAUCUACUAUACCGUCGAACAGAAAAGGACGGGUAGUAUACAGUUUGAGAUCCGUCCCAUUCAAGUGACGGUUAAUAUGUCGUUGGCUGGACUCAAACAAACUCAGAAAUCGGAUGCUAAUCAACAAUCACUAAUUAUACCGUUAAAUAUAUUGCCGACGCAAACACCGACUGUCGGUCAACUUAAACAACAGUUGGCCCUAAAGUAUAUGUUUGAAACGGAAACCGUGUCAUUGUAUUUGUCGGAUAUGGACACCAAUGAACCGCAAGACAACCGCCAGCUAACCGAUGACCAACCCAUAGCUUAUGUCUGGUUUUAUGGUUAUUAUAGCCGUAGUGUUAUUAACAUCGUAUCGAUAAAAAGUGUUAAAUAUUUGACUGAAGUUAUCAACCGAUCAAAUGAUCUAAUCCUUGAAAAGAUGACAACACUGUUAUCAAUGGCUAAUAGCGGACAAAGUGUUUCCAAUCAAUCCGCUGAUGUUAUCACUGAUGCUGUCAUUACAGCCAAUAACGAUUUAUUGUCUGCAAAGAUGACUGAAUUAACGACCACUUUAUCGGACACAAUAAGAGACUGUUUUACCGAACAAACUAAAGCCAUAACCGAUGCCAUCAUCUCUGCUAACAAAUACAACAACAAUGAUGUAAUAACUACCGGAAAACUAAUGGCAUGUCUGACAAAUCAAACAAAACAUUUUAUCAAUGCUCUGUCAGUGAGAGACAAAUAUUUGGCCGAUAUAUUGGUCGACGAAUCGGAAACCAAUAGCCAAUGGACUUGUAAUGAAUCGAUUGUCCGAAUCGAUGACGAUAUCAAUAUUAUAGAUGACAAUCAAUCGAUUGAUAAAACAAUUAUCAGUCAAACGGUAUCGGAAUCGAUGGACAACAACAACAACUCCAAUAACAACGACACGACAGGUGUCGGUAUUAAUGAUAAUAAUAUCGAUAUAAGCAAUACCGAUAGUCUGAAUCAAAUAGGAUCUGAAUUAGAGACCAUUAAUAAUGAUGACGACAACGAUGACAGUCAAUUGAUCGACCAUUUAUUGGAUACCGAAGCUGUAGUAGUGGUGGCUGACCAGCAACAGCAGCAGCAGCACAGAGACUCUGAUAGACUACAGGAGCUGAUGAAUGCUAUGGCAGAAAUUCAAAUGCAAAUUACAAUAUUGGAUAAAAAAUCUAAAAAUAAUUAA